AUGUUUGCACUAAGGAGGAAAGAUAAGGAGAAAGAUGCAGAAAAAAGAAAGAAAAGGCGGAAAGGAAGAAGGAAAAGAGGUAUAACAGUUGAAGAACCGGACGGAUUAAAAAAUGGUAGAAAAUCGAGACAGAAAGGAGAGAAUAAGGAAGAUCCAACACCAAUGACAACACCAACACGAAGUAGGCCUAAAACUCCACGGUUAUCGGAUCGUACAAUAGACGCGGAUGGUGUUUUAGACGCUAAAAAAUUGCAGGUUAAAAUAUUCGUAGAAGAAACAUUAAAAAAAGGUGUACAAGGUUUGAUAGCUGAAUUUAAAGGAAUGCGACGUAUGAAUGACUUCACUUUGAUGACUGAAUUUGUUGCACAGAAUCCGCUAGGACGCAAUAGAUACAAAGAUGUUGGUUGCUUGGACAAUGGUCGUGUUAUUUUAAAUAUUGGUAAUGUGCAAUACAUACAUGCAAAUUAUGUGUCGACUCCAAUAAGUCCAAAGAGGUUCAUAUGUACUCAGGCACCACUUCCGAAGACAUGCCCUGAUUUCUGGCAUAUGGUAGUCCAGGAGAAGAGUGUUGCCAUACUUAUGUUGUGUAAUUUCAUUGAACAGAACGCUAAUAAAUGUGCAGAGUAUUUCCCAAAUCGAGAAGGGGCGCCACUUUCGUUUGAUGGAGAUGUGCACGUUAUAUUCAGGAAACAAGAAAUGUUCCCAUUUCCUUUUGAGACUAAAAUCCGUAUCCAAGUGACACAUUUGGACGUAAGUGUUCCUGGACAACCAAUCCACACCUGUACACACUAUCACUGGUUGGACUGGCCAGAUCGCGGAGUUCCGGAGGCAGAUCUUGCUCCAAUAGCUUUAUUGGGGAAACUUAAAGAAAGCACUACUCCUAUAAUUGUUCACUGUUCUGCUGGAAUUGGAAGAACCGGUUCUAUAGUGCUGAUUCAGCAUGCUUUAGAGCUAUUGCAGACGAAUAAGCAACUGCUAGAAAUUUGUAAUUAUUUGCUGGAGUUACGUAAGCAAAGGAAUAACAGCAUACAAACCGAACAUCAAUAUCUUUAUAUUCAUCAAGUUCUACUGUUGCAUCUGAAGAAUGAGAAGUCGGGAAAUCAACAUUAUGAACAACCUGACCUCCGAGCUGGGCAGAAGGAAACGAGCGGCUUGGAGGGAGCAUUCAAGAGCAUCGAGGAUGUACUGAAGAGGAGUAAGAACAUCCGGCUUCGUGCUCACCUAUUCAACGCCACCGUUCUUCCUGCUUUGACCUAUGCUUCAGAAACGUAG